GGAGCGCGACCCGCGCGCAGUUGAACAUGGCGGAGGCCGCUUCCUCAGCGUUUCCGAGCGCGCGGGGGCGUGGGGACGGAAAAGAUGCGGAGUCCCCAGAGGAGAUAAAGGAGACGGCGGGAGAUGAUGCGGGGCAGUUGGAGUGCCGGAUGCAGCUGGGGGUCCCGGAGGAGGAGGAGGAGGCAGAGCUCGCGGUUGAGGCCGAGGCGGUGGCUGCUGGCUGGAUGCUGGACUUCCUCUGCCUCUCUCUGUGCCGGGCCUUCCGCGACGGUCGCUCGGAAGACUUCCGCCGAACCCGUGACAGCGCGGAAGCUAUUAUUCAUGGACUAUCCAGUCUUACAGCUUAUCAGUUGAGAACUGUGUACAUAUGUCAGUUUUUGACAAGACUUGCAGCAGGACAAUCCCUUGAUGCACAGUUUGAAAGUGAUGAACGUAUUACACCUUUGGAAUCAGCCCUGAUGAUUUGGGCUUCAAUUGAAAAGGAGCAUGAUAAACUUCAUGAAGAAAUACAGAAUUUAAUUAAAAUUCAGGCUGUAGCUGUUUGUAUGGAAAAUGGCAGUUUCAAGGAAGCAGAAGAUGUGUUUAAAAGAGUAUUUGGUGAUCCAGAUUCUUACACGUCUUUAGAAAGGAAAUUGCUAAUGAUAAUCUCUCAGAAAGAUGCAUUCCACUCCUUUUUUCAACACUUCAGCUAUAACCACAUGAUGGAAAAAGUCAAGAGUUACGUGAAUUUUGUGGUAAAUGAAAAAUCGUCAACCUUUCUAAUGAAGGCAGCAGCAAAAGUAGUGGGAAGUGAGAAAGCAAGAACAAUAACUUCCCGAGAUAAGCCAAAUGGUAAUAAUUCUGAAACAGAAGCUGAAAUUAAUUUAGAUAAAGGAAAAAGUAUUAGAAGCCAACAGUCUACUAUAACUGAAUCCUUGGGGGAUACAGUAUCUUUAUUGAGGUGUCACCAGAAUCUCUUCUCUAAGUUGAAAAAUGGAAGCAGGCAACAAGACCUUAGUGAGAAAGAGGGGAGAGUGGGAAGCCUUCAAAGUACAGUAAUGAUAAAAGGAAACAGAAGAAACACUAAUAGCAACAGAUUAUAUAUUUCAGAGAAUCCACCACACAGUAAUGAAAAGCAGAGACAGAGGAAAAAGAAGGCAUGGCUUUGGGAAGAGGAUAAGAAUUUGAAGUAUGGUGUGAAGAAAUACGGAGAGGGAAACUGGGCUAAAAUACUGUCGCAUUAUAAGUUCAACAACCGAACAAGUGUCAUGUUAAAAGACAGAUGGAGAACUAUGAAGAAACUAAAACUGAUUUCCUCAGACACCGAAGGCUGAUUGUAUUUGCCACAGCUUAAUAAAAGGACAGUUAAAUACUUUGAUUACUGCAUUUUGUUUAAAACUUGCUGGUCACUGAUGUAAUUUAAAGUUUUUGUUUAAAGCAUUAUUUUUCUGUGAUAACUUCAUUACUGUGGAUUUGUGCUAUAAAGGUAAAAUUAUAUGCCAUCAUUGUAUUCUUCAAAAAUCUGUAUUUUGGUAAAAUAUUUCUAGGUUAAACCCUACCAAAUUCAGUUCCCCACUCCUGUUUUAAUGGAAAAGUAGAAACCUGAUAAAAGGGGGGGAGUAUUUAUCCAUGUAGGGGAUAUUUCUAUUUACUUAUUCUUUGUCUAUAAACUAAUUUUAGCCUUAUAAGGUGCCAUAUGAAAAUGAAUUUUCUAAAGAAAUGAAUUAUGAUAGUCCUUUGAUAAGUACUCAUAGUAAUUUACGAGGUGUUACAUGCUUGACUUUUCUGCUCAGUACUUCCAAGUAAAGGAAAGAACCUAAAUAGUAUUGCUUUAGGACAGAAUUGAUUCUGUUUGCAAGAAUAGCUGUGUAUCCCCAUCAGGAGUAAUUUUACUUUUAAGUUUUAAGGCUUUAACAAAGGUGGUUUAAAAUAAAACUCCUUUAAAACUGAUAUUGGGUUCUCUGAUACUUAAUAUAAUAAUAUUGGGUAUAAUUAGCGUUGUGUAAAUCCUUAAGUCUGUAUUAGCCAUGAUCAUUCAUCAUUUUGAGUUUUAUGUGCUAUAUUUAGCAAAUAGGUAAGAAUUUACAUUUAAAAAUCCCUAUUGGUAUGGUGUGAUCGCUCCAAUUUUCCGUUAGUGUCAUGCAUUGUUUUCCCUUUGUUCUUAAAGUUAUAUUGUCCUAUAUGUAAUAAACAAUUUUAUUUAUCACGAA